AUGAAAGUUGAUCAGGCACUGACAUUGAUGGAAGAAUUUGGAAUCAAACCUGAUGUAGUCACAUUUAGCACCAUCAUGAAUGCAUGGAGUUCUGCAGGGCUUAUAUAUAAUUGUGAGGAGAUAUUCAAUGACAUGGUCAAGGCCAGUAUAGAACCUGACAUCCACGCAUAUAGCAUCCUUGCAAAAGGAUAUGCACGUUCGGGACAGUCACAAAAAGCUGAGGCUCUUCUGACUUCCAUGAGCAAAUAUGGUGUACAACCAAAUGUGGUGAUCUUCACUACCAUCAUCAGUGGAUGGUGUGCAGAAGGAAAUAUGGAUCGCGCCAUUAGACUUUAUGAGAAAAUGCAUAUUGUGGGAAUUUCCCCAAAUUUGAAAACUUAUGAAACCUUAAUAUGGGGAUAUGGAGAAGCAAAACUGCCAUGGAAAGCAGAAGAGUUACUUAAUACAAUGGAAGAGAGGGGUGUUGUCCCUGAAACAUCCACUGUACAACUGGUUGCUGAUGCUUGGCGUUCUAUUGGUUCAUUCAAAGAAGCCAACAGAAUUCUAAGUGGUUCAGAAGAAGAAUGUGAGUUAGAUAAACAAUUUGAUAGUGACAAGAUAUCGGUGCAAAGCUUGGAGAGGAUUUAUACGAAACAGAAAUUCGGUGCAUCUCCUUCAAAUCUGCUCCAAAUACCUGAUGUAGUGGCACCUCAUUCAGAAAGAACGACUAAUGGCAACAUAAGAAGCCAAAUGGUUGUCCAAGUAUCUGACAACAUGCGAAAUAUUACCACUUCCAUGUUUUUUAUUCGUACAACAAAUUCAUAUGGAGUAAAAGCACAUAUUGUAAGUAAACAGCAGAUUCAAAAUCAGGUUGUUAGGCCAUUCCUUGACUGUUGCGGAGUAGUGUCGAUACUUUGCUGA